AACCACACACACACCGGAUUUCACUCUCGUCAUGCAUCUUAAGUUUAUCUGCUGCUAUUUUCAAACUUCCUUCGUCGUAAAUGCACUUCCUCUUUUGCAGCAGUGCGCCUCUUCAUCAGCAGCGGCAGGAACGCUUCGGUGAUGCAAGCUGCUGCUGGAAUCCUGUCGGCCUCUGGAGGAGUUCAUGGGAAGCAGAGUGCAGUGUGAAGCUCUGAGGGGAAGGUCCAGGGGGCAGCUCCAGAGAGGCGAAUGGAAGCAGCAGUCACGCCUGGAACCCUCUGACAGCGGCUCCCAGCUGUGUCAACCUGUUCCUGCUUUCAGACAGAUGCUCCUGGAGGUAUGGUGGUGGGGAGGGUUGGCAGGCUGCAGCGAUGGUUGUUGAGGCAAGGCCUCCUGCCUCUCCGUCAGUGACCUCUCCAUUUGUGUCGCCAUGCACGACGACCCCGUUGCCUCUGCCUACAUCAUCCUGGAGUUACUGAUCGCCGCGUUCUCCGUCCUGGGCAAUGUGCUGGUCUGCUGGGCCGUGGGCCUCAACACCAACCUGCAGACCAUCACCAACUUCUUCGUGGUGUCUCUGGCAGUGGCCGACAUUGCAGUGGGCGUCCUGGCCAUUCCCUUCGCCGUUGUUAUCAGCAUUGGAUUCUGCUCCAAUUUCUACGGCUGUUUGUUCAUGGCCUGCUUCGUGCUGAUUCUCACCCAGAGCUCCAUCUUCAGCCUGCUGGCCAUCGCCAUCGACCGGUACAUCGCCAUCAAGCUACCUCUUAGGUACAACAGCCUGGUGACAGGCCAGCGGGCUCGAUGUAUCAUCGCCAUCUGCUGGGUUUUAUCCAUCUUCAUUGGCAUGAUACCCAUGAUGGGUUGGCACAAGCUGCCGCCAAACUCCAACACCACCAUCUGCCCUCCUGGCCUGAUGGAGUGCCUGUUUGAAGAGGUAGUAAACAUGCAGUACAUGGUCUACUUUAACUUUUUUGCCUGUGUGCUGAUCCCCCUGCUGCUAAUGUUGGGCAUCUACCUGUGCAUCUUCAUGGCGGCUCGCCACCAGCUCAGGCUGAUAGAACUGAAAGCAGUUUCCGGCGAGAAGUCGCGAUCCACGCUGCAGAAGGAGAUUCAUGCUGCCAAGUCUCUGGCCAUCAUCGUGGGUCUGUUUGCCGUCUGCUGGCUGCCCCUACACAUCAUCAACUCCUUCACCCUCUUCUGCCCUCAGUGUGAUCGUGCACCGGUGUUGAUCAUGAACGUGGCCAUUAUCCUCUCUCAUGCCAACUCUGUGAUCAACCCCUUCAUCUACGCCUACCGCAUCGAGGAGUUCAGAUGCACCUUCCAUAAGAUUAUCCGACUUCAUAUCUUGGGCCGGCGGGAGGUUUUGGAGAACGGCAGCAGCAAGCGUAGCUCCAUUCGCAACAGCACGAACGACUCCAACAGAAACCAAGUAGACGGCCUGACCUUUGGCCUCUUGACUGAGAGAGCAGCAUCAGCAGCAGCAGCCGCCGCCGUGAAAUCACCUCCUGCUGCCCUGCUCAUGUGACACCUCUAGAGAGCAGUCUGGUUGCGGUACACCAUCAUUCUUCAUCCGUCUGCGUCUUCCUUUGACUUAAGGCAGGCUUGUGUCCAACCCAACCCUCACAGAGGCACAGAGCACUGUCCACCAAGCAGAACUGGUGGUGCUGCACAAGCCACAUCAUUCAAUGACAGCCAGAGGACAAAGCCAAAAACACAGGUCAAAGGUCAAAGUCCCACCCUAUGAGUCUGCUGGUUUAUGCUCCAGUACAGGCAAAGUUAUGUGUUACAGAUUCUUGGAGACAAGAAAAGACAUGAGUGGUUAAAUAUGUGUUUCAGUGAUUCCACAGUCCUGAUGACCUUAAUAGCAGUGUUGUGUUGGGGGUGGGGGUAAGGUGGUUCACCACAUUUGUUUCGUUUGCAUUUUGGUGAUGAUUUGGAUCCAAAUAUGGGUGUAGGAAUUAAUUUGCUCUUACAAGCAAACUGGCAAAAAGCUUGUCAUUAAAGCUACAGUGUGUAGGUUUUAGUGCCAUCUACUGGUGAG